AUGUCUAACUUUAGACCUAUAUUAGCAAAUGAUUCCAAAACCAAUUUUGAUGAGCUUGAGUGGGUGAUUAAAAUACGUGAGUCCUUAGAUAAAGAACUUGAUGAUGAUAUUGAAUUUAUUGUAUCUAUCUUCAAUGUACCAAAGCCACUUUUGGCUAGUGAUCCAGAUUCUUAUACUCCUCAACAAAUUGCAAUUGGACCUUACCAUUUUUGGCGUCAAGAGCUUUAUGAAAUGGAGAUAUAUAAGAUUGCUUCAACAAAAAGAUUCCAAAGCCAAUUACAAAGUCUCAAGUUAGAACAUAUUGUUGACCAAUUGAUAAGGUUAGAGCACAAAAUUAGAUCAUGCUACCAUAAAUAUUUAAAUUUUAAUGUUGAAACAUUGAUGUGGAUGAUGGUUGUUGAUGCCUCAUUUUUAUUAGAAUUCCUACAAAUUUACACUAUUCAAGAUGAAACUAUGAUACUAAGUUUUUCCUCAAGGAUGUCACAUUUGUUUGAUUAUGGAGGGAGGAAAUUAGGUCAUAAUGCAAUCUUGAAAGACAUAGUAAUGCUUGAAAAUCAAAUCCCUUUAUUUAUUUUGAGAAAGAUGUUGGAGUUUAAAUUCACAUCACUUGAAUUAGCAGAUGACAUGUUGAUAUUAAUGUUUAUAGGAUUGUAUAAAGAGAUUUCUCCUUUCAAAGUGAUGGAACAUGACUAUUCAGAUAUCGUUGUCUCUGAGUGUGCGCAUCUGUUAGAUUUUUUGUAUAACAUGAUUGUGCCUAAAUUGGACGAACAAUCAGAUCUAGUAGUCGAAUUGGAAAAUCAACACAACGAUAACGUAGACGACGAAAAAUCGUAUAUGAAAUACGUUAAGAAAUUCCUAUGUGAAGUUUGUAGGUUGUUUUCGAAAUUGAAGACAAUAUUAAUAAGCUUAUUUAAGAAACUCAAGCAAUGUAGAGCCAUAAAAGUUUUCACUUGGUUGCCUUGGGCAAUCAUUUCUAACCUUCCUGGAAUGGGAAUUAUAAAGCAACCGGUCGAAUACUUUCUUUUCUCUAAAGAAAAAGAAACUACCAAAGCAGAAAAUGAUAUCACAAACAAUUCAUUGUUAAUCGAUGAAAUCGCUAUUCCUUCGGUUUUAGAACUAUCAAAAUCCGGAGUUAGUUUCGUAGCUACUAAAGGAGACAUAUCGACUAUUUGGUUUGAUGUAAAAACAACUACACUUUACCUUCCAACAAUUGGUUUAGAUAUUAACACUGAAGUGUUCAUGAGAAACUUAGUUGCUUAUGAAGCAUCAACAUCAUCAGGACCAUUGGUUUUCGCGCGUUAUACCGAGUUGAUGAAUGGAAUCAUAGACACUGAGGAAGAUGCAAGGAUUCUUAGAGAAAAAGGGGUUAUUUUGAACCAUUUAAAAAGUGAUCAAGAGGUGGCUAAUUUGUGGAAUGGAAUGAACAAAUCCAUCAAAUUGACAAGGGUUCCAUUCUUGGAUAAGGUCAUUGAGGAUGUUAACCAACAUUAUAAUGGUAAUGUGAGUAUCAAAGUUUGGAAGUUCAUGAAGGUUUAUGUGUUUUCUUCAUGGCAAUUUCUUACUUUUCUUGCUGUUGUCUUUCUCUUGUUUUUGAUGUCAUUGCAAGUCUUUUGUUCUUUCUAUAGAUGUAAUGCUAGAAAUCAUGUCAAGGUGAUUAGAUGA